AUGGAAGUUUGGCAUAUGGUCGAUGAUCGAUAUGAUGAGUUAAGUGGACAGGCUCUCUCAGGAACAUUAAGUCCGCUUCUAAUUGCACAAUCACAACAACAACAACAGCAGUCUGCGAAGGUGUUUAAUCCAGAAGCGUUUUGUGAAAUUUGUCAGAAAGAAUUUUGCAAUAAAUAUUAUCUACAAACACACCGCGCAACCAAACACGGAAUAUCCUCAGCUCAGCAGCAACAGUGUAUUGCUUCUGCAUCGUCAAUUCCAGGAGGCAUCUCUAGUUCUGGAUCAUCAGGAUCGGCGGCCGUGGCAACAGCAACAGCGGGCAUGAUGUCAUCUGGCGUAACGGGUACAAAUGCAGCAGCAGUUGGUGGUCAGAGUUCAUCGUCGUCAUCAUGCUCAUUCACAUCGCCAUCUUCGAGUUCAGCAUCAGGCCAAAGAGCAGCAGCAUUGAACAAUAAUUUAAAUUUGGCAUCAUUAUCGCCUUUACUGGCAACACAACAGCAGACAUCACCAGUGGCUAUGAACAGCAACAGUAGUAAUCCAUUUGAUGUACAACAACUUAUGCUUGCUUCAUUAGAUCCAACAUUAGCAGCAAAUAACUCACUUCGUGCAUUGUAUAUGUCGCAGCUAGCUGCCCUCUCAGGUCUGCAACAGCAAUCGAGUUGUUCAUCAACAAAUUUGGAGACUAGCAUGAGUCCUUCGUCUUGUUUAAUCUCAACAACAAGUGCGUCAAGCACGUUAACUCGGAAUAAUAGUUCAAUUAAUGGCACCAUAAAUACUCUCAAUGAUAACAAUAUCACAAGAUCAUUCAUUGUUAAUAAUUUUAUUAUUUUAACAAUUGAUAUGAAUGAUUUCAGUAUGACUGCGACGAGUGCAUCGCCGUCAACAUCUUCCUCAUCACUUUCCUCCUCAACAGCUCCAACUAUUUCUCAUUCAUCAACAUCUCGUACCACUACUACUACUGCUACUACUAUUACUACUACUAAUAAUAAUAAUCAAGAUUCAUCGCCGAUUUCAAAUGAAUCAGUACCGAAUUGGUUAGCCGGUUUUAUGCCACAAUCGACUGUCGCACUUUCUCCUGCUAACUCCAUUCAAACAGCUCCAAAUUGCAUAACGCCACCGUCAGGUACGUCAGCAGUGCCGUCAUUAUUAGAGCAAAUGCAACUGAUGAAUGCUGCUCAGAUGCUCUCUUCUGCAUCUUCAUUACAACAACAACAGUCAUUGAAUAGUAAUAGUAAUGGUAACAGUAACCCAUUAACAUCCACAGCAACAUCAUCAUCGAUACUCAACAGUGCUUUGAUAAAUCAACCACUGAAUGCUCUCGCUGCGGCCUUAUGCCAGCAACAGCCAUCUGUUUCCUCUUCUUCUUCUGCUUCAACUUCGUCACAAUCGUCCGCAUGCUCAUCGGCGACCAUCGCACCACCGCUCACACCAAAUAGUGCUGCGGCGGCUGCUGCUGCCUUCUUUGCAGCGGCUGGUAAUUACGGCAAUAGUCCGGCUAAGGAUGCUUAUUGCGAGUUAUGCGAUAAAAAUUUUUGUAAUCGUUAUUUUCUGAAAACUCAUCGCCAAAAGAAGCACGGUAUAACGGAUGAAAGUAGCUCACCAAUCAAAAGUUUUCCUGCCAGUCCAAGUAACGCCCAGCUGGCGAAUUUUCCAUUUCAGUCGUCCUCUCAACUUGGUGCUCUUGUUCCGCCAACUACCUCACUAGCGUUGGGUAAUGCGGCAGCGCUUGCCGCUAUGCAGUUACCGGCCAAUUUAGCUGCGCUAAUGGCAGCCUGUGGUGGUGCAUCCACUAGCACGUCAUGUUGCCCGGCAACCACAGCUUCAUCCCUAUCCUUGUCUUCAGCAGCAGCAGGAUCUCGAUCUCAAUCAAAUACCGCAGGUAUUAUCAAUGCUUCCUCUUCAACUGCAACAGUACCAUUCAACGGCUGUCUAUUGACAUCGGGCACUGCAGCUGUCAACACGACUGGUAAUGCAGCUGCGGAUGCCAUCACUAGUCCGUUGGUACACCAACAAUUUCUUGCUGUUGCUACUGAUACAGGUGCUUGCAAUAAUGAAGCAGUAACCAAUCCCUUCUCAGUGUCAUCCUCGUCUACAUGUGCGUCUGUUUCGUCGUCAACAGCAACAUGUCUUCCAACUGCAACAAUUCAACAUCCUUUAGCAGCAUCCGUUACACAACAACAACAACAGUCGGUGAUAGUUAAUGGUACGGCAUCGUCAUCCAACGACUAUCGUUCUUCUUUGUUGCUAUCGUCACCUUCUGCAAAAAUGAUCAAACUUGAUUCAUCGUCAACUGAUCGUGAUCGAGAGCGAGAUUCGAGUGCUUUUGAUGAAACUUUGGCCACUCAAGACGAUAUGAUGAUGCUCGACGAUGACAAUAACGCUCUCAUCAUGGAUACGAAGCAACUGAAAUUACCACUCGAUAGUUUAUUAUCGGCCCAAUUUGGGGUUGGAGCUCUUGGUGGUGCACUGGGCAAUACGCCGCAAGCAACAACUAAUGAACUGAUGGCUGCAGCUGCCGCAGCAGCAACAAUUUGUGAUCUCUGUAAUAAAUCAUUUCCAACGCUUUUCUCAUUAUUAGCACAUAAAGCUCGAGAACAUAUGCCUCUGGCUUCUUCAGUUACAAAUAGCAACAGUUUGAAUAGUAUUGAAAAUAUCACUCAAAUACAGCAACAACAACAACAACAGCAACAGCAAAGGGACGCAAAAGCAAAGGUUCAUUUCAGAUCUCCACUAAAAACCUCUCAAUCACCAAAUCAAGGUGGCGCAACAGCUGCUACAGCCGCAGCUGUUGGCUUAUCUGGUAAUGUUGCCGAUGAAAAAAUCGCUUGUGAGAUGUGUGAGAAAGAAUUUGAGUCACGUCAUUACCUGCAACAACAUAUCCUCAUUCACCAUAGUGGUAUCGCGAACGCAUCAUCACUUCUCAGUAACUUCUUGCCGGCCGGUUUAGCGUUACCGUUCAUUCUGCCACCGAAUUUAACACAUAAUUUUCCAAUCACCGAAGCCGAUCAAACGAAUCUUUUGGCUGGUCUCAACGCCCAUAUUAACCCGAGUCAACAACCGAAACAAGCAGUGAAACGUCAGUACUCGUCAUCAGCAAAAAAUUAUUGUGAUUUAUGUAAUAAAGAAGUGUGCAACAAAUACUUUCUACGUACACAUAUGCUGAAAAUGCACGGAAUUGUGAUCGAUGAAAACAAAACUGUUAUUGCAAAUAUUGAUACGUUAGAGAAAGAAAAAAUGGGCACUCUAUCAUUUAGAUGUGAUAUUUGUAUGAUUGAAUUAAAGUCGCGUAACUUGUUACGAUCGCAUAAACAAGAAGUGCAUGGUGUUCUGGCUGUUCAAACUCAACAACAGUCGUCUGCAAAUAGUAAUAAUAAUAGCUCGAGUAGUAAUAAUAAUGGUCGAACUCCGAAACAUUCCAUUACGUCAGCACCGAAUAUGUUCGGUACACCACAAACACCGGUUAUUAAUGGGCAAUUAACGGAUAAAAUCACUGAAUGUGUGCGUUUGUUAGUUGAGUAUAUUUCUUCUGUUAAUGGUAUUAGUAAUGGAAAUGGAAGCAAGAAAUCGGCUGGUCGGUUGACUAUAAGGGGUUGGUUGGAAGGGAAACGAAACAUGCAGUUUGUUGAUGACGAUACUGCUGUUGUUGCUGCUGCUGUUGCUGCUGCUGCUGCUGCUACUGCUACUGCUGCUUCAGCAGCUGAGCAUUGCGAACCAAGUGAAGAUGCUAUUUGCAGCCAGCCGACUGACUGGCUGGAGGACUGUCGAACUGAACGUUGUCCGCUGUGUGAUUAUCGUUGCAAGUCGAUAGUGCAUUUGCAAGAGCAUAUACAAGAGAAACAUGCCACUGACUUCACCACCGAAUUGCUUGAAACUUUUCAAAAAGUAAGACAAUUUUUGGUAUUGUUAUUACCUUUUCUAUUGAUAUUUUCGUUAAACAGUAGUGCCAAUAAAAUGAAUUAUAAAUGUGAUUUAUGUUCGGAAGUAUUCAACGAUGAACUCCAACGACACGUUCAUAUCAUUCAUAAACACCGUGGUCAACAACUGAAUAUUAAAGGAAAUCUUCAUUCUGGCGCUUCACUUGUUGCUGCUGCAGUAGCAGCUGGUGAAGAACAACAACAGUUGCUGCUCACAUCACCAUCACCUUCGUCCUCACUAAAAAUGUUUGGGGCCCCUUCGUCUUCUUGUGAUGAUUUGGACGUGAUGAAAUGUCCGCAAGCGUUAUGUGAUUUUCGCACGCAACAUGCCGAAAAUUUGACGAUUCAUCUGCAGCGACAUGCACCACUUGAUGCUGCACUGAACGCGUUAGCACAGCGAUCACAAACUGUUUGUAAUAGCCCGACUAGUGAUGUGGAUGGCACAACUACAAAAACAGAAGCAACAGCUGAAGAAGGCGCAGCAUUAAUGAGUGCUGAUAAAGUGAAUGGUGUUCUUAUGAAUGAACAACGAAGGUUGUUGACUGCUGAUGUUGGUCGUUCGAUCGGUGCACCGUCAUCGUCGACGUUAAGAAAUUGUUAUUCACAAGAAGAAUUAGAUGAACUGGAUAUGGAUGAAGAAGAUGACGCUAUGCGAGCCACAACUGAAGUGGCCCUAAAAAUGGCCGAAGAAAAUGAGGUACUUUAUAAAAUAGUGAAGUUAACGAAACGAUACAGUUGCCAGUUUGCGAAGUGUCAGCAACGUUUCGCUACGAAACAACUAUGUCGUGAACAUGUUUUGACUCAUUUUCGUGUUGCUGCUGCUGCUAGUGGUGGUGAUGAUGGUAAUUCGACAACAAACAUUAAAAAUUCAAUGGAUUCAAAAACAUCAUCGUUAUGUAAAACAGCUACAGCAAUAAAAGCAAAGUCACCUUCAUCAAUGGAGCAUCGUUUUGAUUCCUGUGCUAAGGAAGCAGAUGCGUGCACAUCACUAAAUUUAGAACAGCAACAGCAAACUGAGUCAUCGUCAGAACUGAUGAUUGACGAUGAUAAGAUGGAUAGCUACGUGCGAGAAGAGCGUGAGCAUGUGGUGAUGAAAGAGGAUCUAGUAGUGACGACAACGGCAAGGGCAUCAUCGCGACGAGAUGAUAUGGUGUUGGUAAAUAAUUGCGGUAGUAGCAGUACAACAAGUAGUGUUCAUAAGGAACACAACGAACGGCAUUCACAUACGAGUGGUUCGAUGAGCCCCAUUUCUGAGCAACAAAUAAUGCCCGAAGGUUUUGCGAGACCAUUGGACAAUAGCGCUUCUCAAAAGCCAUACAUGGUGCAGAGUUUCAUAAUGCGAGAGCAUUGCCCAGCGAUCCUUAAUCCUACAACGACAACCGGCAAUGAUAAUGGUAAUGGUAGCGAUAAUGUCAACGAUAACCUUGAUGAUAACGGAUCUCAGUUGGUGAACACUGGCAAGAAUAGCAGCUCAGAAGGUAGCAGAAAGCUGAACAGUGGUAUUGUUCAAGAAAUGAUAGCACAUUUACCGGUCAGGUCUUUGCUCACAGAGCCAGUCAUAAUGACUGUUGAGCUAGUGCCUGCACCUCAUAUUGAUGCACAGGUUAUGCAUGUGUAA